CCUCAGUUGGGUCUGUAAUUAACCAGCAAUCCCUAUGCAUGACAGAGCACCGGGUUUAGUUUAGUCUGAGUGCCUGCAGUGCGUCUAAAGCCACUCUGGUUUUGGAGAGUUGGAGAAGGGCACGUUAUGCGGCGAGUUAGGAACAGAAGCCAGAACUAGCAGCAGCAGCAGCAGCAAUAACAGCUGCUCCUCCCGUGUAACUGUCUUUAGAAGAGCAAGAGGAAGGGGCGGCAGAGAUCCGGAAGCGUCUUUGUAGUGUGACUGAUACCGUGCAGCUGCUUCGUCUCCCGGUCGCGGCCUCGCCUGUUAAAAAAACAGUCGCCACAGACACACCGAGAAGAGGACAGUCCUUUGAUUUGAGACAGAAGCAGCAACAGCUCCCCUUCCACGGACUCAGCAGAUCGAUAGCGGAAGACAACAAAGACGACGAGGAAGGGGCCGCUAGUACGAGUAGCAUUCACAAAGAACAAACGCCGAAAACCAGAUUGGUUUGCUCACUGCGAAUCCCAGUACGCACAGACGCCGGUGUCGCGUUGUUGGUACCACAUCGGCAGCAGAAACAGCGUGGGAAAGCCCUCAAUAACCCGUGCAUGCAACAAGAAGCAGCAGCGGGGCAGCAGACGGAAGAGGCCGGCGAUUCGAAGAUGGUUGAUGUGCAUUUUACCGAUCUGCCGAAUGCACUGAUUGCGUGCAAGGUGGACGAGAACAUCUUCACUGACCGUCAGUGCAAGGCGGGCUUCGAGGCUCUGUUCCGUUCCUUCGACUGCGACGCCACCUUCCAGUUCUUCAAGAGCUUCCGCCGCGUCCGAAUCAACUUCAGCGACGCCGUGACGGCCGCCGAGGCCAGAGUGACUCUGCACAAGAGCGACUUCAACGGGAAGGAGAUGCGCCUCUACUUCGCCCAGUCUCUGCACAUCGGGAACUCCCGACUGGAGCCCCCCAAACCAGACAAGCAGUUCCUGAUCUCCCCCCCGGCCUCGCCCCCGGUGGGCUGGGAGCAGGCGAAGGACGCCACCCCAGCGAUUAACUACGACCUGCUCUGUGCCAUUGCCAAGCUGGGCCCAGGUGAUAAGUACGAGCUGCACGCGGGGACCCCGACCACGCCCAGCGUCGUCGUACACGUGUGCGAGAGUGAGCACGAGAGCUCGGGAGGGGAGGACGAGGAGCAACGGCGAGCGAGGCCUCGUAUCGUCCAGACACGCCGACCCGAGUACACGCCCCACCCCCUGCACUGAGCCCCGACCAGGCAGCAGCUUCACCUUUUAUUAAAGGAGCGCAGGGACCUGUGUGGCCAGUCUGGAGGCAUCACCAGCCUUCCCUCAGCCCCUGCUGCAGAGAACCCCUCCUCCUGGGGUGUUUGAGUGCAGCCAGAGCCGGGACUGACAGACCCGUCUCAUUGUUGUUAUUGGGGUCUGUCUUAGUUGUAUUCAUUUCCUUUCUGUGAUUGGUCAAGAUGCAGGAGAAAGUGGAGCAUGACUUUGUGGUUCUUGCAUGGCUGCCACAGCACAGAAGAUGAGACCUUCAGGAUGAAAAAUCUGAGGACCGUGUGUGUGUUUUGUACUGGAAAGGGCUUCCUUUGAAAUCCUCUUUGGGUUUUGUUAUUAGGAAGUUUUAAGCCUGCCAGUGUGUGUGUGUGUGUGUGUGUUUCUUUUUAUAUUUGUUAUACUCUUCAUUGUUUUUCUGGUCAACCUAUUUUUUUGGCAUUGUUGACAUCGUAAGGAUAGAUAGAUAGAUAGACAGACAAAUAUAUGAUUGCUUCUUGAGGCGAGUUGCUUCUUGAAAGUGCUGAAAGGGGUUUGCUGUUGAUUGUUUUGUAUUUUUUGGUAUCUCUGGCUGGGGUUGUGCUCAGCAUACUGACCCAUUCUCCUACUGUGACUACACUGUGGAGGCACACUAGACCGGUUUUCGGACUCCGUUCAGGUAUAUGCAUCUGCACCUGUCUGUCCUGCCCUUCGUUUCCUGUCAUAAACACUAAUUGUAUUCAAAGAUGUAAUCUGAAAAGUGGUUGCUAUAAAAAUAGUUUGAUUGUUUAAUGCACCAGUAGCAUUUGUGUUUUUGUCAUUUGUGCCUGGAAUGUCAAAAGCACACCAUGGUAGGAGUGUAUGUUACAUAUCAGCAUUGCAGGUUCAUCACCAUUGUAGUUUGCUCAUUUAUUAACAUUUUUAUAUGAUUUACUAUUAUUAAACACACCCAGGUGGCUGUCUGUUGUA